GUCCUCUCGCGGCGAGCCCUUAGUAUGGUCCAGGCCUCGCCCCAUGGGUACACACCACGAUGGGCCUCUGGUCGGCCCUUCAGUCUCCCUAUACCUUCUAAGAUACUGUGUGUAGCGAAGAACUUUGCUGCCUCCAAAGAAGAGUUAAACUCCCACAGGACGAAUCUUCCUGCGUCUAUGGAUAAGGCGAUCAUCUUUAGUAAAUCAUUUACCUCUUUGGUACCCAUCACACAACCUAUACACCUUCAGCAACGAACUGACGUCUACUAUGAGACAGAGUUGGCCCUCCUCAUCACCAAACAGGACUGUCUGGCAUCAGUCGGGGGCAUCGCCAUCGCCUUGGACCUCACUUUGAAGGAUGUGCAGAACUCUUGCAAAACGGCGGGCGGGUCUUGGGAGACAGCCAAGGCCUUUGACGGGAGUUGUCCUAUCUCCGACUGGGUUGAAGUUGACGGAUUGUCAGAAGAUUCCCAAUGGGAGAUAUCCACUACCAUCGACGACCAGCUGGUUCAACAGCAGAGUACUACUGACAUGCUCGUCCCCAUAGGGCAUCUCCUCUCACAGCUGACCAAGUCCUUCACCCUCCUACCUGGGGACAUCAUCCUCACUGGCACGCCGGUGUUGCCUCUAGGCCCCGGCCCCCUCAAACCUAACAUGCUACUCGAACUCAUCAUCCAACCCUCCAUUGGAACCGUCACCACUCGAACAUCCUAG